AUGCUCUGGAUCCUGGAUGUCGGCGCGGGACCUGGGGACUGGGCUAAUGGGAUCGCGGACCGUUAUCCAAAGGCCAAAGUCGUAGCCGUCGAUGCCGCUGUCUGGGAGACGGACGAGACGGAGCCGGAGAGGAAGAACGUGUUCUGGGAAAUUGACGAUCUAGAUGUGGGCGAGGUGCCGGGGGCGAGAGAGGCCGAGGCGACGGCGCUCGAGAGUCAGAUGCAGUCCAUGAGCAUACGACUGGAGUCGCUACGCGGUCGGGCUGAUAGCAAAGCGGAGGAUCUAGCGGACACGGGACAAGACCAGGCGGUAAAGUUGAGCCCGCAGUCCUCGCCGCCCCUCUCAGAACCCCGAGGCUGGUGCUUUACGACCCUCUUCGACUUCAUCCAUAUCCGCGGCAUGAAAGGCGCUUUCACCUCUUGGCCCGCUAUCUACGCCGAAGUCUUCAAAUCACUGAAUCCUGGCGGCUACGUCGAGGUUGUGGAUUUUGAAACCCCACUGCAGUCUAUAAAUCCCGACUCUGAGCUGCGCCGCCUCAUCUCCGCAACGUGGGAAGCUGCACAGAAAUCCGGGUGUGCGCUGGGUACGGCGCAUCUAGACCCGGCGGCGUUCGAAGCGGCAGGGCUAAUGCACGUCAAGACCACGACCGUGGACGUGCCGGUGGGAAUGUGGCACGAGGACGAGGAGCAGAGGGCGUUGGGAAAAAAGUGGCUGGUUUGCUGUAUUGAGGGCAUGGAGGCGAUGUGUUUACGGCUGCUAACCAAGGAGAUGGAGUGGAGUGUUGAGCGGGUUAAAGAAGCAUGUAGAAAGGUUGCGGAUGAGUUUCUUAGCGGGAUGCAUGAUGGAUUGACGACACCAUUCAGGUUCGUGGUGGCGAGGAAGACGAGGAACGGCGCCGAGGGAUGA